AUGAGAAAGCGCUGUACUGCAGAAACGGACACCGACUGUGCCCCGUGUCAAGAUGAAUACUUUAACAGUGAGCACAACCACAACUUCUGCAAGAGCUGUACAAUCUGCAUCACUAGGAAGGGAAGUGUGGAAGUGAAGAAGUGUGAGAAGACCUCUGACAGAACUUGCAUGUGUGUUGCAGGUUACAUGCCAGAUGUUAGAUAUACACUGGGAAGCGUAUGCUCACCAUGUCCUGAAGGGUCUUAUUCCAUAGGGAGAAAUGAAAACUGUCGGCCUUGGACCAACUGCAGCAUGCUUGGGAAAAGUACUCUUCGACCAGGGACAAAAACGUAUGAUGCUGUUUGCAGCAGCCAUGUCACACAGCCAGCUACCUCUCAGAGCACAACACCUGCUUUGAAUGUUUCCACCGCUGACCGCAGGAAUAACGUGUCGACUGCAAGCUUCUCACCGUCCAGACCCAGUGUGAUUCCUUUCAUUUGCCCGAAUGGGAACAGCCGCACGGAGACUAACUGGGGGUCUCUAUCACUUAUCCUUAUUUGUUUGAUAUUGCUCAUGGUGAGUGGAAUGUCCAUCCUCCUGUUGAUUAUCCAAGCAGCCAAAAAAGAGACUAAGAGGAGGCCUUGUAGAAACAACCAGAAGGGAAGGAGCUGUCGAAUUCCUGUCCAGGAAGAACAAAUUGACUCCAAUUCUAGUCUCAUCAAAAACUGA